GGCCGACGCUUGCACAGCCACCGCGUAUCAACUCAUGCCCAAAGUGCCCAAGCGUUCGAAGUCAACUUCGCCCUUCGCACACAAUCCUCACCACCGCAUAAGUCAGCCAUGUUCCGCAUAGCUCGCAGUAUACCCGCCAGUGCCGUCAGGCUCGCCGCAACCGCCUCGAGGCCUACCUUGACCCGCUACUUUUCGCAGACAGCUCCAUCACAAAGCCUUUUCACCGACUACGUCGACAAAGUUCGGCCGGCAAUCAAGGAGAUUACUGCCCGAGAGCUGAAUGGCCAAUUGACGAAGGAGCCUUUCAACCCUCCUGCAGAUUUGCACGUCUUGGACGUUCGGGAGCCCUAUGAGUGGAACGAGUUCCAUCUGCCAAAUGCGAUUUACACUGGACGUGGGACUCUGGAGGGCAAGAUUGAGAGUCUCGUCCCAAACACUGAGGACAGCAUCGUCGUCUACUGUGCUUCCGGCUACAGAUCCAUUCUCGCGGCAGAUGCUCUGAAGAAUAUGGGUUACAAGAAAGUAUAUAGCUUGAAGGGCGGAAUCAGUGCAUGGAAAGGCGCAGGAUUGCCUGUGUCGCAAAACCCCAACGUGGUAUUGUGAAUAGACCGCAGCGUGUGAGCCUGCAGCGGUUCCAUGGACGACUCUUCUCAAUCCUGGACAACGUCCUUACGGACAAGGGAGGUGGCUGGCCGGGGAACGUGUAAGCGUUCCAAAUUACGCGAGAGCGGCUUCAUCAAUGCUUUUGCGAAAGGGGGCUUAGGCGGCACUUUGUGUAGGAGAGGUCGACAUUUCAGGCGAGCACCCACUAUCCUUUAUAUAGUGGUCUGUAUAGUACUCCAUUGGAUGUUUGCUCAGGUUGUGUUUGUUCAAGUUCUGGCGGUUACUUCUUCCAAAUGAAAUUGAAUAGAGUCCUGGUUUCAAAUGUC